UUAUCUAAUGAAUCAUUAUCUCAAUUUGAGACUAAUAAUCAAAGGCACGAAGAAGAAAAUGAUGAUAUUACUCAUUUAACGGAUCAAGACAAUAAUGAUACCACAUCUUUGUCAGAUCGUGAAAGUGAUGCUGAAAGUGUACCUUUUCCAAAUUCUUCACCAGUUCACAAAAAUAAUGGCUCUUUCUUAAUUCACGGAAAUAAUGUCUCUUCGCCAGUUUACAGAAAUGUCUCUUCACCAGUUUACAGUAAUAAUGUCUCUUCACCAAUUUACAGAAACAAUCUUUUCUUAUCAGUUCACGGUAAUAAUGACUUUCCACCAGUUCAUAACGAUGAUGAUACCCCUUUAUCAGUUUACGGAAAAGAUGAUUCUUU